AUGAGUAUGGACGGCGCAGAGGGCUUCACGGCGUUUCAAGAGCAAGCGCACGCAGCACUGGUCAACGCUACCAAGACCAGCCAGCGCAUCGUAUCCAGCGACCUGACCUUCCAUCGCUCCUUUGACUCCAAGACAAGCCGCAGCCUGACCGAGCAGAGCAACAGACUGCUCGGCCUGACCAAUUCGCUGCUCCGAAUCGCAUCCUCGAAUAACCCAGACUCCCCCUUCAAUGCCAGCAGCAGUUCAACAGAUACCACUACCAAGAGCAUUAUAAAGAAAAAAGCCAAGACGGUACUGCGCGAUGAAGAAAGCAUAGACGAGAACUGGAAGGCUGUGGUGGACGUUAUCGAUGAGCUGCUGGAGAAAGCCGAUGCGUGUCUGGACGAGUUUACGGGCGUGAUUAAGAAGUUUGGUCCUGGUCCUGGUGCCGGUCCGGCGCAGGACGGCGGGAGGAGGGAGGGAGCAGGGUUCCCGCGGAUGUAUAGCCAUGGGUCGUCGAAGAUAGCGAAGCCGCAGCUGGGGUUUGAUGUGAAGCUUGACAAUGCGGAUGAUGGGCGGGCGUUUAGGCCGUUGUUGAAGAGCAAGCCGCAUGCUCUUGUGGGGUUGGAGGAGAGUCUGGGAGGGAGUGAGCAGGACCCUACCAAGCCGUAUAACCACCCAUACGAGAAAGAGAUCGAGGCCUCGGUGUAUCCGGAGAGCGUCUACCAAAAAGCCGAGCCAACAAUGUAUCAGCCCGUAGAAGGCACCAAGGCCACCUUCGUCGAGACACUAGAGGACGUGCAACGCAUGCUGGCACAGCUGAAGCAGGCAAAGGAGAUCGCAGUCGACCUGGAGCACCACGACGGCCACGUCUACCACGGCCUCGUGUGUCUGAUGCAGAUAAGCACCCGCGAGCAGGACUGGAUCGUGGACACGCUGAAGCCAUGGCGCGACCAGCUGCAGAUUCUCAAUGAGGUGUUUGCGGAUCCCUCCAUCGUCAAGGUGCUGCACGGCUCGAGCAUGGAUGUCAUCUGGCUGCAGCGGGAUCUGGGCCUGUAUCUGGUCGGGCUGUUCGAUACGUUCCAUGCCGCGAGCGUGCUGCAGCUGCCGAAGAAGAGUCUCAAGUUCCUGCUGCACGAGUACGUCGGGUUCGACGCCGACAAGAAGUAUCAGACGGCCGACUGGCGCAUUCGGCCGCUGCUGACGGGCAUGCUGGACUAUGCAAGGUCAGAUACGCAUUUCCUGCUGUACAUCUUCGACCGGCUGCGUAACGAGCUGCUCGCCCUGGACUCGGACUUGUCUUCAGCGGGCGUUGGUGGCAGGGAGGCAAUUGAGUGUGUGCUGGAGCGGUCGAAGGAGAGUGCCCUGCAGCGCUACGAGCGUCCUACCUACGACGCUGCGCGCGGUCGAGGCAGCGGCGGCUGGCACGAUAUGCUGUCGACGAGCCCGGUGGCGCUGACACGCGAGCAGUUUGCGGUCUUCCGGGCGCUGCACGAAUGGCGGGAUAAAGUCGCGCGGACAGACGACGAGAGCACGCAGACGGUGCUGUCCAAACGGUCGCUGUUCCGGAUUGCACAGGAGAUGCCAGAGGACAAGUUUGCGGUCCUGCGCAUGGCGUCCCCGGUCUCUGCGUCGCUGAGGAGCCGGACAGACGAAGUGGCUGCCCUGAUCCGCCAGGCAAGACAGGGCGGCGCGACGGGGCCGGAGAUGCAUGAGCUGAUCCGACGACGAUCUCCGGUCGGACAUGCGGCUGCCUCCAAAGACCAGGCAGCAGAUCAUACACUUGCUUCUGCUGCUGCUACUAGUACGACUAUUGCUGGAUCUACUGGUGCGGUUGGGGUGCGGACCAAGGAGUCGCAGUUCUGGGGUCAGGCUGAGCUACUUCAAGAGCCGGAACAGGACUAUGGAUACAGCGUGUCUGCAUCGACGCAGGCACUGCAGCUAUCCCUGCCUGUCCCCAGCAUGCCUGUCCGGCUGGUUGAGGGUGCAGUUCCCCGGACGAUUGACGAUGGAGCAGACGAGGAGGCAACGUCCGGCGACGAGUAUGAAGGAGAAGUAGAAGCAGGAGAAGAACAAGAAGAAGCAAAGACAGCAAGCAAAAGCAACGAGAUCUUCACUGUGAGACAGUUUGGAAAGCCUCUGAGGAAGACAGAAAGAGAAGCUGAAGAUGGUGAAACGGCGUUUGAUAUGGAUGCGUCUGAGAUUCUACUGGAUGAAGGCAGCGCAAGGAAGAAGGAGAAGAAGAUGAAGCAGCAGCAGAGGUCGUCCCUGGGGAAGAGACAGCGCGAGGAAGGAGAAGGAGACGCUGGAAAGCCGUUUGACUAUGCCAGCGCCGAGUCACUGAUACACCGUGAGAAGCAGCAGCAGCAGCAGCACUUCAGGGGGCAGAAGGCCAAAGGAGGCCCCGGGAGACGCUUCAACGCCUACGAGAAGCUGCUGGAUGCGCCGUCUGGGGUCAAGAAGACUCGCAAAGAGACCGCUGGCCGUUCUCACACCUUCAGAUAA